AUGCAUUUUCUGUUGCAGAAAAUCCUGCUGGGAUCAACCUUGGCAUGCCUAGCCAGUUGUCAUGCCAUCACUCAAAACCUAGGCUUGGACUAUCGCAUUGACGUUCAUUCCCAUGUCGUUCCGGAGAUCUGGAAAGAGGCAAUGAUUUCUGCAGGCUACCCAGUGAAGAAUGGCACCUUGUAUGCAGAUGGCUUCCCAGUUCCCGAUUGGACAUUAGAAUCGCACAUCAGCAACAUGAACACCCUUGGUGUCAAUUUCUCGGCCCUCAGUGUCAGCGCUCCUGGCGUGUUCUUUAUAAAAGAGGCUCACAAGGCCAAGAAAUUGGCCCGAAGUAUCAACCUGCUGCUUCAUAGCUACACUAAAAUUCACCCUACUCGACUUGGAGCUCUCUGUCUUCUACCUCUCCCUUUCGUUGACGAAGCAGUAGAGGAAUUAAAGUUUUGUCUGGACACCCUCAAGUUCAUUGGCGUGGGCUUGUAUACCAACGCCGACGGCACAUAUUUGGGUGACUCCGCCCUUGACCCUGUUUUCUCUGCCAUGAGCGAACGCAGGGCUAGUGCGUUUGUUCAUCCAGCCUCCCCAGGCUGCACAUCCGUCGCCAUGGGAUAUCCCAUCCCAAUGACGGAGUAUCCUUUCGAUACCGUUCGUGCCAUUGAGAAUCUACUGAUAGCCGGCCAGCGUGCACGAUUUUCCGACCUCAAGCUAAUAUUCGCUCACGGCGGUGGCGCAAUCCCUUAUCUUGCUGCCCGUAUUGCCGGAAUGGCAUCGCUUUCCUGGUUGGCUGGGCUGUCGGCUACUGAAUCCAUGGCGCAACUUGCCGGAUAUUAUUAUGAUACCGCUAGCUCGGCCUCUGCUAUACAGCUCACGGCCCUAAAGAGCUUCGUUAACGCGGACCAGAUUGUGACUGGAACGGACUAUCCAUAUGUUCCAAUCGCGCAGGCGGAACCUGCCAUAGCUGCCAUCCAACAUAAUGGUAACUUUACCGAUGAGGCUAUGAGCCAGAUCAACCACCAAAAUGCGUUGACUAUCUUUCCACUGAUUGCCGAUGCUUUGAAACUCGGGGGACACUAG